AUGGACACUGAACACUGUACCCGAUUCCCAUUCCUAUGUAUAGAUAUAAUUUUCAUUACAUUCAGAAUUAGUCCCAAUGCUACGCUUAAGAAGAUUCCGGCGACCAGACUGUCCCGGCUGACAGAAGCGCUCGCCAACUAUGAUCCAGUUCUCAAUGAAUACUUCUUCGAUCGACAUCCGGGCGUUUUCGGGCAAAUACUCAACUACUACCGGACCGGAAAGCUUCACUACCCGACCGACGUGUGCGGCCCUCUCUUCGAAGAAGAACUCGAGUUCUGGGGUCUCGACUCUAAUCAAGUGGAGCCGUGUUGUUGGAUGACAUACACCUCACAUCGUGACACUCAGGAGACUCUGGCCGUAUUGGACAGACUAGACUUGGACACAGAGAAGCCAUCGGACGAGGAGAUCGCCCGCAAGUUCGGGAUGGAAGACGACUACUUGAACGGCACUCUGAGUUGUUGGCAACGACUCAAACCCAAACUCUGGUCCCUAUCAGACGAGCCCUACUCAUCAAAUGCUGCUAAAGUGAUUGGCGUAAUGUCAGUAUUUUUCAUAUGUGUGUCAAUUCUGUCAUUUUGUCUGAAAACCCACCCGAAUAUGAGAGUCCCGAUGAUUAGAAACAUAACCGUUUGGACGACAAACCAGACGGAGUCAUGGGUUUUGGAUAAGACACUAACGAAUCCACACGAGGCCUUCUUCUACAUCGAGUGUGUCUGCAACGCCUGGUUUACUGUCGAGAUUAUCACUAGAUUCACAUCAUCACCCAGCAAACUUAAUUUUAUUAAAGGUGCUGUUAAUGUAAUAGACAUAACGGCCACGCUUUCCUUUUACAUCGAUUUAAUAUUACAAAACUUUUACUCACAUCUGGAAAACGCGGAUAUAUUAGAGUUUUUCUCGAUUAUUAGAAUUAUGCGAUUAUUCAAAUUGACCCGACAUUCAGCGGGACUUAAGAUUUUAAUACAGACUUUUAAGGCGAGUGCCGGGGAAUUGAUUUUAUUAGUCUUCUUUCUGGUGCUCGGAAUUGUGAUCUUCGCGAGUCUCGUCUAUUAUGCUGAACGCAUUCAAUCAAAUCCUGACAAUGACUUCAACUCUAUACCGCUGGGCCUCUGGUGGGCAUUAGUUACUAUGACCACUGUUGGAUACGGGGAUAUGGCGCCUAAGACAUACGCCGGGAUGUUUGUGGGCGCGUUGUGUGCGUUGGCGGGUGUGUUGACGAUAGCCCUCCCGGUGCCGGUCAUAGUGUCCAACUUUGCGAUGUUCUAUUCGCACACUCAGGCCAGAGCUAAACUGCCAAAGAAGAGACGACGA